CCCAUGAAAUAAAACGGAAUUUUAUGGUUUCGAUUAAUUGUAAAACCUUGCAGUGUGGCGCCCUCAUGUGGCAGCUCAUAAUAUGAUCAGGCGCGUUGCGAAUCUUUCAACAUGGCUCCUUAGCAACCAGACGCUUCCUCCUAGAAACAGACCGAUGCCAAACAUUGCUGCAGUCAGAUGGGCCACACAGAUUCUGUUAAAGAAGGUAUUAUGCAAUUCGUCGAAAAAAGAAUAGUGUUCAUAUUUUUUGCCAUGCGAGGUUUAAUUGUGGUAAUACUGUCAUUUACGGCACUUUGCUGACAUGGGCUAACAGUUCCAAUAUCUGCGCCUCAACUUAGCUAGCUAGUAGCGUAAGUUCAGAGGCUAGCCAAUUUAGCCUGAUUCACCCUAGCUAUUAGUCACCAUACUUACUAUAUCUAACAGAUUAAUUGCCAUUACCUUUUCUUUAGUCUACCGAUAGACUGUCACUACAUUAGAGCAUGAUACAUUCAUUAUAAAUACUUAGCUCGGCUGCAGUCAGUUUUAAAACAAGAAAAGUUAUGAUUCAGAGUGAAAAACAGAAGCAGCGCGGUGACGAGGAGGUGGUCAAAGAGCUGUGUAUAGCCAAUGGAGUGUCAUACGAGAAAAUAGCACAAGAAGGAAGCAACAUCAGCUCCCUAGAGAUCUUCUUCUCUGGUUUUCCCCGCAUGGUCGGGCUUUCCUUUUUCCCAAGGCUCUGCCAGCUUACCAUCGUGGGCCAGAACAUAAAACACAUUGAAGCACUUGAGUGCUGUCCUCUGCUUCGGGAGCUCUGGGUAGUUCAGUGUCAUCUGACAGAAAUAUCUGGACUACAAAAUUGUCUACAACUAGAAAAACUCUACCUUUAUGAUAAUCAGAUCUGUGAAAUAAAGAAUUUAGAACUGCAGAACAACCUGCAAGUCCUGUGGCUCAACAAUAACUACAUAACUCAAAUACAGGGUUUGAAUGCACUUCAAAAUCUCAAAGAACUGAACCUCGCUGACAACAACAUUGAAAAGACUGGGUAUAGCCUUGAUCCUAAUGCCAUGCUUCAGAAUCUUAAUCUGUCCGGUAACAAGAUAAGUUCCUUUAAGGAGCUGACCCCACUUGCACGCUUACCCCAUCUGAGAGAACUAGCGCUGAAGGACUCCACGUCAACUCCAAACCCAGUGUGUCUGCUCUGUAACUAUGCCACACAUGUGCUUUACCACAUGCCAGGCCUCCAGCAACUUGACACCUAUGAUGUCUCGAGCAAGCAAGUCAAGGAGGCAGCUGAGUCCACAGUAAUGAAGAAAAUGAUGUACUACAACAUGCGGGUACGCAGUGCUCAGAGGAACCUGACAGAGACACGACUCAGCUUGAUGGAGAGGAAGAAAACUAUGUUACAGUUACCCGAAGAAUGCAUCAGAUCAAUCAGUUAUGCCCUCAAGAAUCUUGAACGUGAGCUUUCCAAAGCGCCAGCUGGUUGCAAGAAGUCUGCCUGCACAACGGAGAGUUCGACAGACAGAAGUGACCCAACCGCUGACAUCAGUCGCGAUCACGACAUGGAGCGCAAAAUCCUCAGCAAGAUUGAAGCACUGAGGGAGAGACUGGUGCUCUGGACAAGGAGGCUGGAUGAGAUUGAAGCCUGGUAUGAGCGAGUUCUGAUCCAGGCCACAAACAUGACGGAAUAUACUGUCCAGUUUCUGCUGAUGGAGCUAGAAAGUGUUGGAAAUAUUCGUUUGGAAGAGGGCCGUUCCACAGACCCUUGGUACAUACAUGGUAUUAUUAAGUUUACUUCCUGUUGCGACCUCCUGCUGUCCCGCUUUUCUCAUUCAGACUUUAAGGUCUAUGGCAUCACUGGGAUUAAAAUCAAUAGAGUUAUCCGCAUCCACAACAGUGCUUUGAGGCUUCGCUUUGAGGACAAACUUCACAGCCUUCUAGCCAGUGAGGAGUCUGCUACAUUCUCACACAGGCGUUACAGACGUCGACUGGAGCACUUAUUCUACAUACCUGACCCUGAAAAAAAUAAUGAGAAGGAAGAAAUUUUGUGCAUUCUAGAGGAAGGCUUCAAAACAGCAGAACAAUGUAAGGCCUCGGAAAGAGGAGCUGCUAUACCUUUGUCCAAUAGUCUGAGUGUGACCGAACAGCCCAGAAUUGAACACGCACUCCGCCAGGCCAGCAGAGGCCAUUCCUGGCACAGUAAGGAUACAAUACCCUUCAGGCACAGUCAGAUUAUUGUUUCCAAAGUGUUUGUGGGCCACAGCGUCCCUAUGAAACUGGGAGAACCAGUGGACAGGAGCAGCUAUCCCAGAGCCUACUCUGUGUACUGCAGUGUGGACACUAAGCACACAACUGAGAGACCCUGCUCCUCUAAGACACAUGGUGGCCCUGAAUGCAGUGCCAGAAGAAGACAGUGGUUUGUGUUUGACCAUGAGCUUGUCCUGCCUGAGUACAUCAUUUAUUUUGAAUACACUGCUGGGCAUCAAGAACAACCCGCUUUGCCAGACCACAGUACAGGCAGAGAUGAUUCUCGUUCCAACGAUAUCAUCCUUGACGGCAAAGUCCUCAACAUGGAACCUGUGCUGAAACCACAUCCCAAGUUAUUGAGUUUGGAUGACAAAAUUCUGCUAAAUGUAGCCAGGGCCAAUGUGCUCAGUCAGAUAACUGUCCUGAACCUUCAUGGCAACAGUCUGAGUAAAAUAAAGGAGAUUUCCCGCCUCAAAGCUUUGCGGCAUCUUACCAUCAGCUUCAAUGAGUUCACACGCUUGGAUGACAUUUCUCACAUGCCCAACCUUGAGUUUUUAGAUGCUAGCUAUAAUCACCUAGUGACCCUAGAAGGACUGAGGGCAUUGGGACAGCUCAAACAGCUCGACGUGCGCUGGAACAAAUUGACCAAAGCCAAAGAAGACACGGCUGUGCUAAGAAAACACACACCUGCUCUGCUGAAGCUUGACACCCGAUACAAUCCUUGGAACAGGCCUGAAACCAUCAGAAUGACCAUGCUGGGCCGUCUAACAACUCUCACACACCUGGAUGAUAUGAUGGUUGCAGAGGAGGAGGCUGCUGAAGCUGUUCAGAUGGCUGCUGGAUCCAGAAUUAACCAGGCAUCUCUUCUGGCUUAUUCACGUACCAACAGUGACCGACCCCGAAGUCUCAGCCUGUUGUCAACAGCCCAGCUCCAGUGUCUUCUCAGUCCUGUACCAUGGAGCCUCAACCAAGAGUUGGAGCUAGACUGGACUGCAAAGAUCACCACCGUGAAUCUUGAUGGCCAGAGGAUUUCCAAACUGAUAAACCUCAAUAAGCUGGUCAACCUACGCUGGGCCUCAUUUAAUGAUAAUGAGAUUUCUAAAUUGGAGGGUCUUGAAAGUUGCUUAAAGUUGGAAGAGCUUUCCCUGGACAACAACAGCAUCAGCGCACUCAGUGGCGUAUCAAAACUGCAUUGCCUGAAUAAACUGAGUUUAGAUGGAAAUCGGUUGUCCAGUCUGGAUGCCUCAGUUCUGGAUCAGCUGCCCGACCUGUCCUUUCUGUCUGUGGAGAACAACUGUAUCAGUUCCCUGCAAGGCAUCCAGAGAGUUCGCUCUCUGCUUGAGCUCUACAUCGGCAACAACCAAAUUUCUACAUCACAAGACAUCUACUAUCUGAAGGGAUUGACAAACCUCAUAAUUCUGGACCUUUAUGGGAAUCCUUUGUUGGAGCAACUGGAAAACUACAGGAUUUAUGUGGUGUACCACCUACCUUCCCUAAAAGCUCUGGAUGGCAUUGCAGUGGAGGUAACUGAGUGUGAAAGUGCAAAGGAUAUGUAUGGAGGAAGACUAACCCCUGACAUGGUAGCAGAGAAGACUGGCCACUCAAACUACACAGACAUCACCUAUCUCACCCUGCAGUCUUGCUCUAUUAGGAUAGUCGAUCUGUGUCCACCAGAUUGGUUUUGCAACCUACGCAGUGUCAACUUGGACCACAACAAUCUCACCUCUUUCUCAGGCCUCAUCUAUUUGCCAAACAUCAAAGCUCUGUGUCUGAACUACAACCACAUUGAGUCCAUCCUGCCCAGACAGAAGACUCAUCUAACAAACAGACAGAUACUGUACAGCAAAGUUCAUUCCAGUGGUUAUGGCCAACAGAACCCAUCCAAAUUAAAGGGGGAAACUGGGCCUGCUUGCAGUCUGGAGCCACUGAUGGGCAGCCUGGAGGUGCUGCAUUUGAGUCACAAUGGCAUCUCCAAUAUGGCCAAUCUGCAGCUCAGCAGGCUCACCAAUCUUAAAGCACUCUUUCUUCAAGGGAAUGACAUCAGCCAGGUGGAGGGACUGGAAGGGCUUCACCAGCUCAGAGAGCUUGUCUUAGACAGGAACCGCAUCAAAGCUCUUACAGAUAACUCUUUCAGAGCCCAGAACGUCCUGCUAGAACUGCACCUAGCAGAGAACCGGAUCCGGGAGCUCAGCCAUCUAGAUCCUUUGAUUGAGCUCCGCAAGCUUUUUCUUGGCAUGAACAAACUGCAGGACAUCUCAGAGCUUAACAAACUAGAAGUUCUUCCUUCGCUGACGGAGCUCUCUGUUGUUGGCAAUCCUGUGGCCAGAAAUUCUCUGCACAGACCAGCAGUAGUGCUCCAUCUGUCCCAGUUGCAGGUCCUGGAUGGAGUAAAGGUUACCCUGGAGGAAAGGACCAGGGCUGAACUCCUCAGUGCUGAUCCAUCACCAUGCUCCCAGUGCACUGGAGCUUCUCUUUCUGCCACUGAAAUAAACCUACCCGGACUGCUACCCCUCAUGCCUCGACACACCCCUCUAAGAGGAAUGAGUAUAAGCGGAGGACUACAGAACUUGCAUAUCAUGCAUGGGCACGAUAUCCUGCCAAACAACAUAGACGAGGCCCAAUCUCAAUAUACAUACAAGUACAAGAAGCACAAGCACGGUAAUGCUAUUCGAAGUGGCCAAACUGACAUGACAUUUAGACACAUUCGAAGAACAGGAAGCAGCCUGGCAACCACAGGCCUUCUUCAUGAUGGGACCAAAGUCAUCAUCUCAUAUCCCAGCCAGGAGCAGGACAGCAGAUUUCCAAAUGGUGGCAAACCUCCACCGAUGUAGCGGGCAGAAGAGGAGGAACAUACCAUGAGACUUGUCAAUCAAUAAACUGCCCAAAGGUGAACACAUGUGAUAGCAACAACUGUGGUGUGGUCCUAUAUCAAAGUAUUUUAGGACAUCAUCUCUUGAACAUGCACUUUUUUGUAAGUGUGUAUCAAUAUUUAUGAGCCUCUGCACAUCUUUGCAUAUUUAAUGAGGAAAAGGUUAAAACAUACAGUGAACAUAUCAAUAAACCUUUUCAGCUCUUGAAAUUUUGGUUUCAACUAAAACAUGUUUGAGGUUAAAGAAAAUCUGCCUACUUCAAGGCUGAUUGUAGUGCAUCCCUUUCAAAUGCAUUUAUAAUGACUGUGACCUUAUUUUCCAUCUACACAUGUGAUCGCUAACCAUGGUAAUCUGAGGAUGAGAGGUUUUGGUGUCAUUUCUACUGCUAUCCCAACUUUGACUCUGAACAAGAGAAAAAAAACACCCACAGAUGUAAGGGCGUGUGAGUUUGGCACACUGCAUCCAUUGGGUCAAAUGCACCCUCAACAAGUGGAUAAUCCAGCUUUAGCACACCUCUCUGAGGACAAUAAUCUGCAGUCACUCAGAUAAAGAUGUAAUCUUGAAUGAGGUCCAAAUGGAUUUCGGAGAUUGUCAUUUUCAUCAUGUUAGCCUCUUUUCGAAAAGCUCACCGCAGUUUCUACUAAUAGGCAAAUCUCGUGUGUUGUAACUGGAAAUGAACCUACUCCGUUUGAUUUUUAUGAUGUUAGUUCUGUUGUCCAAUUAUAAUCCUUCCGGUCUUCCUGUCAGUUUAGUUCAGCAAUCUAGUAGUCCUGUAGUUAGCAAAAACACCACACUGAGCCUUAACUGUGGAAGGUGCAGUUUAUAGAAUGUGAUCUAAAAUCUUAUCAUUCUGGGACCUCCAAUAUGAUUACUGUAUGAUAAAAACCUCCAUAUGAAGAUUUAAGUAGGAGUAGGAUUUAAAUUGGACAAAUAUUCCCAUCAAUUGAUGAAACCACAAAUGGUAUAUAAGAAGUAAUGAAAGCCAUCUGUCUUAGCAGCUUCUUGCAAGGUUAAAUAGUUGUUUAAUUUAACUUGAGACCUGCAUUUUUCUCAGCACAUAGCCUUUCAUAUUUACUUCUUCAACCUGAAUCGGUGGCAUUAACGUGACCACUAGGUGUCCUUAGAGCUCCAUUAGCUCUCACUUUCAAUGCUGCUAAUCAGUCCUCAGUGAAUUUACCACCUGCCCUGUAGUAAUUUAUCAGCCAAAGGCAGAUAUGUGUGUACAUGCUUUAGUUUUGUUUUUGCUGCCUGUGUAGCUUUUGCUGGACAUGUGAGGCAGCAGCCAGCUCUAGGCAGCAAAAGUGAAAAGCUCUCCCCAAACAAGCUCCUCUAAUGCAUGUACUUAACUUCACUUAAUUUGUGUUAAUUCCCAGCAUUAAGCGGGGCUAAUGACUGUGCAAGUGAGUGCACUGUUAUUACCUUGCUCCGCCUGACAUCAAAUGGCAGCUGAUGGACUCACAUGAAUAAAAAACUCUAAUGCACAGAUUUGGGGGCUCAGUAUGAGCUCUCUAAUGCAUUAGGUAUUGCAAACGAUAAUUACACAUUUCAUAUUUGUUUACAGUAUGUGCAGUAUGGAUAUGUUACAAGUAUAACUGUUUUUAAUGCAACUGUAUUUCUGUAUGGUGUAAACUUAUGGAGAGCAUGCCACUUCAUACAGUAUGGAUUUUUUAGCAUAUCUGUCAGUAUUUUCAACAUUAAAAUGACAUUAGCAUAAA